UUCAGUAAACAUUUGUUGGAAGAAGGUGUGGCUAAUUUUGUGAGGUAUAAUGCUUAGAUGAGAAAAUGGGAUGCUCUGAGGGUGUGAUGGGAUGAAGGCCUCCAGAUAAUGAGUAUGAAGUCAACUUGUAUAGCCGCAGUCUCUUUCUAAACACCACGUUGCUUUCUCCAUUGAGUUUCCCUCCUCUCUGUCUAUGGUCAGUGACUUGAAUGGCAGAUUUGGGUUUGGGUUUGUGAGAAGAAUAGAACUGAGAUAAAGAUGCAUUGUGCUUUACAAGAUUUUUCCCUCUUCGUGGUCAGUUAAGAAUGACUUUUGAUAUCCUCGGAAGAGUCUGUACUUUGCUUUUAAAUGUUUCAAGGGAGAAAGUCUAUUUUGUCUAUGCUGAAAACUACGAAAAUAGGGUUUACAUUUUUCUGUUUCAGGUGCUUUAUUCCUGAAGAUGAUAUUCAGCUUGGCAGUCACUCCUGGAGAGGCGACUACUUGUCUUAUAGUUUUGGUGAUAGUUUUUGUUUUUGUAAGAGCACUAAGGAACAGGGAUGGAAAGCAGGUGUCUCUUCCUGGCCCGUGGUCUUUCCCCAUCAUUGGAAAUCUUCCCCAGAUUGGAGACCAUCCUUACCUGACAUUUAUGGAGAUGAGGAAGAAAUAUGGCGAUGUCUUCCUUAUCAGACUUGGAAUGGUGCCUGUUGUGGUGGUGAAUGGAAUGGAAAUGGUGAAGCAAGUACUGCUCAAGGAUGGAGAGAAAUUUGCAGGUAGACCUAAUAUGCACACCUUUUCUGUCCUGGCAGAAAAAAAGAGUCUUUCAUUUUCAGUCAAUUAUGGAGAAAGUUGGAAGCUUCAUAAGAAAAUUGCCUCUAAUGCUUUAAGAACUUUUUCCAAAGCAGAAGCAAAAUCCUCCACCUGCUCUUGCUUGCUUGAGGAACAUGUUACAGAGGAAGUUUCUGAGCUGGUGAAAGUCUUUGCAGAAUUGACCUCCAAGAAUGGCAGCUUUGAGCCCAGAAGUGUGAUCACCUGUUCGGUGGCCAAUGUUGUCUGCGCCCUUUGCUUUGGCAAAAGAUAUGAACACAAUGAUGAGGAGUUUCUUCAGAUAGUUAAAACGAAUGAUGAGCUAUUGAAGGCUUCCAGUGCGGCUAACCCUGCCGAUUUCAUACCGUGUUUCCGCUACCUUCCACUAGGGGUUAUAAAUGCUCCCCGGAAAUUUUAUCAGGCCCUAUAUCAGUUUAUUGCACUACAUGUACAAGAUCAUCUUACUACAUAUGAUAAAGACCAUAUCCGAGACAUUACUGAUGCUCUGAUUAAUACGUGCCACAACAAACAUGCUGCUACUAAAACAGCCACCUUAAAUGAUGAUGAAAUCAUAAACACUGUGGGUGACCUAUUUGGAGCUGGGUUUGAAACAGUAUCAACAUGUCUGUAUUGGAGCUUUCUUUAUCUGAUACGCUAUCCAGAAAUUCAAGCCAAAAUUCAAGAAGAAAUUGAUGGAAACAUCGGACUAAAAUCACCCAGAUUUGAUGACAGGAAAAUCUUACCCUAUACAGAAGCUUUUGUAAAUGAAAUAUUCAGACAUGCCUCCUUUUUUCCUUUCACUAUUCCUCAUUGUACUACAGUGGACACUUCUCUGAAUGGCUAUUUCAUUCCCAGGAAAACUUGCACCUUUAUUAACAUGUACCAAGUAAACCAUGAUGAAACUAUUUGGGAUGAUCCCAAUUUAUUUCAACCUGAGAGAUUCCUAAACCAAAAUGGAGAACUGAAUAAAAGUCUUGUGGAGAAAGUUUUGAUCUUUGGAAUGGGAAUCCGGAAGUGUCUGGGGGAAGACGUUGCGCGGAAUGAAAUAUUCAUUUUCCUCACCACUGUCCUGCAACAGCUCAAGCUGCAGAAAUGUCCCGGAGCCCAGCUCGACCUGACGCCCAUGUGCGGGUUAACCAUGAAGCCCAAACCGUACCAACUCAAAGCAGAACUCCGCCCCUCAGGGGGUUCGCCUGAUUAGAUCCUCAGACUAGA